CGUAACAAUAUCAAUAGAAUGAUACAAACAGUCCUCAAUUGUUUGAGCAAAAAGAGCAAACAAAAAAGUAAACUUUGACUUUUUGCCUCAAAACGCCCUGCUAAGUCCAUCCCUGCCAAAAGCAAACAAAAACAGAUAUUUGUGAGAAUAAACGUAGAAGACAACUGAUAACUAUUAAUCUCAUUAAGCUAGCUAUGAUAUGAUAUUGAUACUACCCUUGAUUCCGUUGUGAUUGAUAUUUGGAUCGAUCUUGGUUUUAAUACUGUGUUGGUCACUGCCAUUAUCAUCUUGAGCAAAGAAAGGACGACUCAGGACAAACUCAACUACUUUUCAAAGCAUCAAUUAGCUUGAGAAAAUAAUAUUUUGAGUGAAUUGCCAAGCAAGUUCUCCACCACAAUGAUCCAUCCUUGAUAUCACAUCCAUCCUAACUGUGCUCCCUUUCAUCAUCCAGGUGACGACGACCCUUCGUCUUUUCUCGCCAGACUCAUAAAAAUCCACCCAGCUGCGAUGGCUCCAACUUUGGCCACGGCUUUCGCACGCCGCUGGUGGAUGGCGGUGACGGCGGUCAUUGAGAACCUGCUUUUCUCCGCCGUGCUGCUGGGCUGGGGCUCUCUGCUCAUCAUGCUCAAGUCGGAGGGCUUCUAUUCCUACCUGUGCAAAGCACCUGACAACAACAGCUCCAACGUCAGUUUGUCCAACUCGUCCAUUGUUGAAACGUCUGACGCCGAGGAGUACCUUGAGAUGAACGGCUGGCAAAUCUGCAAGGACCAGGACGAGAUGCUGAACUUGGCCUUCACUGUUGGCUCCUUCCUGCUGUCUGCCAUCACUCUGCCCAUGGGCAUCGUCAUGGACAAGUACGGCCCGCGGAAGCUGCGACUUCUGGGCAGUGGCUGCUUUGGCUUUUCCUGCCUCCUCAUCGCCUACGGAGCAAGUGAUCCCAACAAUCUGUCCAUCCUGAUCUUUUUCGCCUUGGCCAUGAAUGGAUUCGGAGGCAUGUGCAUGACGUUCACCUCUCUAACACUUCCCAACAUGUUUGGAGACCUGAGGUCCACCUUCAUCGCGCUGAUGAUCGGAUCGUAUGCCUCUUCUGCAGUCACUUUCCCCGGCAUCAAGGUGAUCUAUGACCUGGGGGCCACCUUCAUCUCCAUCUUGUUGGUUUGGGCUGGGUGUGCCUGCCUGGUCUUCUUCAACUGUUUUGUCAACUGGCCUCUGGAGCCCUUCCCCGGCCCAGAGGACAUGGACUUCACAGUAAAGAUCAAGUUCAGCUGGUUGGGAUUCGACCACAAGAUCACAGGGAAGCAGUUUUACCGGCAGGUGACGACAGUGGGGCGUCGUCUGAGUGUGGGCAACUCGCAAAAGCAGCAAUACUUGCCGCCCAAAACCCUCGCCUCCCAAGACGCCAGCAAGGUGUGCCUGUCCACCGUCGACCUGGAGGUGACAUGCAAGUCCCCGCAGCAAACUCAAUCCUUCAUGAAGAGCGUGCUGAGCCCCAUCUUCCUCCUGAGCCUUAUCACCAUGUGUGUGACCCAGCUGCGCCUCAUCUUCUACAUGGGUGCUAUGAACACCAUCCUAGAGUCCCUGACGGAGGGAGACCUCACAACAGUCAGCACAUACACGUCCAUCUUUGGCGUACUGCAGCUACUGUGUCUGGCAACCUCCCCUGUGAUUGGCUACGUCAUGGACUGGAGGCUCAAAGCCUGUGAGGAUGAAAAGGACAAGAGUAUUGUGAGGGAGCCUGGUCAGCCUCGCCGUCCAGACAAAAAGAUUCAGAAAAUCGUCAACUCCACCCGAGCCUUCAUCUUUACUAACCUACUGCUGGUGGUCUUUGGAUUCACUUGCAUUGUCCCCAACCUUCCCCUUCAGAUUCUGUCCUUCAUACUGCAUACAAUUGUGAGGGGCUUCAUCCACUCUGCUGUGGGAGGCCUCUAUGCUGCUGUUUACCCGUCCUCUCAGUUCGGCAGCCUGACAGGCAUGCAGUCUCUGAUCAGCGCUCUGUUUGCCCUUCUCCAGCAGCCUCUCUUCAUGGCUAUGGUGGGACCCCUGGAGGGAGACCCCUUAUGGGUGAACGUGGGCCUUUUGGUGCUGAGCAUGCUGGGAUUUUGCCUGCCCUUGUAUUUGCUGUGCCACAGCCGCACCCUCCAGCGCCUCAGAGACGAGAUGGACGAAGACCCGAAGAUCUAUGUCCAGAUGGACAACGGUACCAAGACUGAGGCCUUCGUGUAGAGCAAGAACGUGACAAGGAAGGAGGAUGCGUUACAUGAACUUGAUAAAGAGAAGACAAGAUGGUAGUUAGGAGUCGAGGAGGUCACUCCAUUCCAUCUUGGACACGCACACUUUCUUCACCGACACUGUUGUUACUGCCAUCAGGAUUUCCUGCACCACUGUGAGAAUAAGGGACACGCUAAGACACAUUUUGAGCCCUCUGUUGGAACGAAUGCGUCACUGACCUGAGCAGUACCCGAGAGAGCAACAGUGCCAACUUCCUUCUCCGAACUCUUUGCACCAUCACAUUUUUUUGCAUCCUUAUUGUCCCCGUCUGACUAAAAACGAGGAGGUGUGUUACAAACGUUGUCGCCUCAGGUCCGGGACCGGUGCUUUCGUACAGAACUUAAAACACAAGAGCUCAUUCUCCUAAAGUGGUGACGUCAAGUGAUGUAGUGGCUCAUGCUUAAGGGCAUUAUAAAGUCAGUAUCAGUAGCAAUUCAGUGGCGUUCGAAUCAGCAUAGAUGGCUUAGUCCAGUGUGAGAGUAUGAAACUGGUUUCACUGCAUGCCGCUCAUACACUCUGCUGGAAUAGACACAGCACGCCCUCUCUCUCUCUCUGUGUGUGUGUGUGUGUGUGUGCUCAACGUCACCAGAUCCACUUCUUAGUAUGUGCUACAUAUUUUUUUACACAUGCUGCAUCGCCGCUUCUAUGUGGUGGCUUUUGAGAGAAGUGGACGCUGGAGGUCAUUUGGAAGCGUGCAGGCUCAGCCGUAGCAAUAAGUGCCUCUGUGAGAUGCCAGACACAAUCAGGCUUAAAGGGGAACAUUAUCACCAGACCUAUGUAAGCGUCAAUAUAUACCUUGAUGUUGCAGAAAAAAGACCAUAUAUUUUUUUAACCGAUUUCCGAACUCUAAAUGGGUGAAUUUUGGCGAAUUAAACGCCUUUCUAAUAUUCGCUCUCGGAGCGAUGACGUCACAUCGGGAAGCAAUCCGCCAUUUUCUCAAACACCGAGUAAAAUCAGCUCUGUUAUUUUCCGUUUUUUCGACUGUUUUCCGUACCUUGGAGACAUCAUGCCUCGUCGGUGUGUUGUCGGAGGGUGUAACAACACGAACAGGGACGGAUUCAAGUUGCACCAGUGGCCCAAAGAUGCGAAAGUGGCAAGAAAUUGGACGUUUGUUCCGCACACUUUACCGACGAAAGCUAUGCUACGACAGAGAUGGCAAGAAUGUGUGGAUAUCCUGCAACACUCAAAGCAGAUGCAUUUCCAACUGGACUGGACAGAUCAGCUUUCAGGAAAAGAGAGCGGAUGAGGGUAUGUCUACAGAAUAUAUUAAUUGAUGAAAACUGGGCUGUCUGCACUCUCAAAGUGCAUAUUGUUGCCAAAUGUAUUUCAUAUGCUGUAAACCUAAUUCAUAGUUGUCAGUUUCCUUUAAUGCCAAACAAACACAUACCAAUCGUUGGUUAGAAGGCGAUCGCCAAAUUCGUCCUCGCUUUCUCCCGUGUCGCUGGCUGUCGUGUCGUUUUCGUCGGUUUCGCUUGCAUACGGUUCAAACCGAUAUGGCUCAAUAGCUUCAGUUUCUUCUUCAAUUUCGUUUUCGCUACCUGCCUCCACACUACAACCAUCCGUUUCAAUACAUGCGUAAUCUGUUCGCUUAAGCCGCUGAAAUCCGAGUCUGAAUCCGAGCUAAUGUCGCUAUACCUUGCUGUUCUAUCCGCCAUGUUUGUUUGUAUUGGCAUCACUAUGUGACGUCACAGGAAAAUGGACGGGUGUAUAUAACGAUGGUUAAAAUCAGGCACUUUAAAGCUUUUUUUGGGGAUAUUGCGUGAUGGGUAAAAUUUUGAAAAAAACUUCGAAAAAUAAAAUAAGCCACUGGGAACUGAUUUUUAAUGGUUUUAACCCUUCUGAAAUUGUGAUAAUGUUCCCCUUUAAAGCGAGUACUUAGGUCCUAAGUACACUGGGAACUUCCACUCAGCAUUGUGGGUGCAUAAGUGCGUUCACACGGAGAAGUAUGGUGAGUGUGCAGUGAUAGACGCUUGGCCAUCCUCAAUAGUCGUCAACUCGGCUAAUGUGAGGGACUAACUCGGGUGGUUGCAAUUCAUAAUUAAAAAGGAGAGAAUAACCUAAAUAAGGACCUGCUCGGUGGCCUUGUGGUUAGAGUGUCCGUCCUGAGACUGGAAGGUCGUGAGUUCAAACCCAUACCAAAGACUAUAAAAAUGGGACCCAUUGCCCCCCUGCUUGGCACUCAGCAUCAAGGGUUGGAAUUAGGGGGUGAAAUCACCAAAAUGAUUCCAGAGCGCGGCCACCGCUGCUGCUCACUGCUCCCCUCCCCUCCCAGGGGGUGAACAUGGGGACGGGUCAAAUGCCAGAGGAUCAUUUCACCACACUUAGUGUGUGAACUUUAACUUAACUUUAAUGCUGCGCUCCAUUUACUUUGCAAGUUGGAGCUGGGAAUGACGUCACAGCCGAGUUACGGAAGUCAGACAUCGAGAUGGCCUCACGAAAGCUAUAAAAAAAGAAACAAAAAGAUGUCAUUGUUUGCGAUGUCGUGUGCACAUACCAAAAUGGAAAAAUUCAAUUUCCAGGAACAUUUCCCACAUUGCGACGCACACGGCUGAUUUUGUGCAACAAAAACUAGUCAAAAGAUGCUAAUAACGGCGGUGACAGGAGCUUUUAUUAUGAUUGACACUCAGAGCAGCCCUUUUUGAAAGUGGUGCCGACUCUCUGACUUCGGACCAGGAACUGGGAAAUUCCGACAUUCCAGUGCAAAUGGAAUGGAGCGGGUAAAUGGAAGGCGUGCUCCAAAAAAAGAAAAGUGUCACUUCCGAAUUGCUAUUCGUAUUCAUUCCGAUUCAUAAUUUUCAAAAAAAUCGAUAUAGAAAC